AGAACUUCACUUCACGGAACAAACUGUGAAUCUGUGUGUUCAAACGCAACUGUCAGUGUCCCUAGGUUGUGGUAGGUGGCGGCCAUCAGGUAAACAUUUGAGGAUUUAUUGGUACCUUUGUUGCCCAAACAUCUUGUCCCAUAUCUUUAUUUGCUUUAAAGUUUCUUGCUUUUUUGUGUUCCAUAAUCUGCUUUGUUCAUUCAAAGAUGCUCACUUUAAAUCUUCUUCCAUCCACUAAUGUCACUCUCUCCAAAUCCCUCCUCAACUACUCUUUUGAUCCAAAUCUGGUAAGCAGAAACCAAAAACUGAGAGAUUUGUGCUCUCCUGCUCUCCCUUUCACUAAACCCUCUGGUUCUAGAAAUGGUCACCCUUUUAUGUGUUCUGCAAAUCCCAGCUCUCAGAUCUCUCAUUCAAGAUUGGAUUUUUCCAAAAUCUUGAGACACCCAUUUGGAUUUUCUUCAAGAAAUAAAACUCAGAUUCUUGAAGCAGCCUCUGGAACCCCUGAAGAAGUGAGCCCAGAUGGGGAGAUUGAAGCUUCAAAGCCAAAAGUGAAUGUGAAACUGGCUCUCAUUUUUGGUCUGUGGUACUUUCAGAACAUUGUGUUUAACAUAUAUAACAAGAAGGUAUUGAACAUCUUUCCCUAUCCUUGGCUUCUUGCUUCUUUCCAGCUAUUUUGUGGUUCUAUUUGGAUGUUAGUUCUAUGGUCUUUUAAGCUGCAACCUUGCCCAAAGAUAAACAAAUCAUUUAUCAUUGCCCUUCUUGGACCUGCAUUGUUUCACACCAUAGGCCAUAUCUCAGCUUGUGUUUCAUUCUCUAAAGUGGCUGUUUCUUUCACUCAUGUUAUUAAGUCUGCAGAACCUGUGUUCUCUGUUGUGUUUUCAUCAUUUCUUGGUGAUACAUAUCCUCUAGCUGUAUGGCUUUCAAUUCUUCCUAUUGUCUUUGGUUGCUCUUUGGCUGCUGUUACUGAAGUGUCCUUCAAUUUUGGGGGCUUGUCGGGCGCUAUGAUCAGUAAUGUUGGGUUUGUUCUUCGCAACAUUUAUUCGAAAAGAAGCUUACAGAAUUUUAAGGAAGUGGAUGGUUUGAAUCUGUAUGGUUGGAUAAGUAUAAUCUCAUUGUUUUAUCUAUUUCCAGUAGCAGUGUUUGUGGAAGGUUCCCAAUGGGUGGCAGGUUAUCACAAUGCUCUUGCAACUAUAGGAAAACCUUCUACAUUUUAUAUAUGGGUUCUCUUAUCUGGGAUCUUCUACCAUCUAUAUAACCAAUCUUCUUACCAAGCACUGGAUGAUAUUAGUCCCCUGACGUUUUCAGUGGGUAAUACAAUGAAGAGAGUGGUGGUGAUUGUCGCCACUGUGUUGGUAUUCAGGAAUCCAGUCAGGCCUCUAAAUGCACUUGGAUCCGCUAUUGCCAUAUUUGGAACUUUCUUGUACACACAGGCAACGGCUAAAAAGCCAAAGAAAGAGGCAGUGGAAAAGAAGGACUAAGAUGUUGGUUGUUUCUGUAGGACACAGACACUUUUGAUCGAUGGCAUAUUGAAUUUUUCUUAUUUCAAAACAGAAACUUUAUCAAUCCCAGGAGUUUCUUGUCUGAUGUAUGCCUCCUUUUCACUGUACUGCUCUUUUCUUUCUAUGUUUUAUCUAGUUUCUUAUACUUGAGUUUAUCUCUCUGAAACAUUGGCGAUGAUGUUCCAAAUCGAUUUUGAUUGAGUUUAGGUGGA